AUGUCUGCUAAGAAAAGGCCUUCGGGAAACGCAGCAUUUGAACUUCCAAAACGGAGAAGAACCUACCAAGCUUGCAUCAGCUGCAGAUCAAGGAAGGUGAAAUGUGAUCUUGGUCCGGUUGAUAACCCACACGACCCACCGUGUGCACGUUGCAAAAGGGAGCUAAAAAAAUGUAUUUUUAGCUCUAAUAAGGGAACUUCGAACGACUUGCCUCCUAAUUCGAUUAAUGCAAUAAGUCUGCCAUCUCUAGGUAAGAGUAAGCAAGAGAUACAAAAUGACUCAACGAGCCCAAUUUUAUCGGAUGUACCUUUGUCAAGAAAAGGGAUUAGCAGUGAAAAAUCAUUUAAAUCAGAAGGGAUGAAGUGGAAGCUUGAACUUUCCUCCAUGCAGAACGCCCUAGAGUUUCUGGCCCAAGCUGCUGGAACUGUAGCAAAAGAAGGCGCAAAAGAAAUCAUAAAAGAGAAGUCCACAACACCGAAACCACUGAAAAGUUCUUUGGAUGCGACAAAUAAAUCUGCUACGGACGAGGGGUUGAAACGACUUUCAAAAAGUGACAGUACUAACACACUUUACGAAAAUACAGCAGAUAUGCUUAACCACACGCUGAAUACGAAUAGGAAAACAUCACAAUUAAUGGAAGAAAUCGGGAAAGUGAGACCUCCACCUACCCGGAAAAUUGACGACUUCGAUUACAUCGGUCCAGAUAGCUUGCUUACUAAAGAGGAGGCGAUUGAACUCAUAGAGGCAUUUUUUCUCACGAUGCACCCAUUCUUUCCCAAUAUCCCACUUCAAUUGCAUGAUCCGAAAGAAUUAGCAGAAUAUCCAAUUUUGUUUUGUGCAAUUUUGACUGUUUCUGCUCGCUAUCAUCCUUUCGAUACUUUAGGAUUAGACAAUGGAGAAGAUGGGAUGAGACACAUUGAAGUUCACGAUAAAUUAUGGGUGUAUUGCCAGAAGCUUAUAUCUCAAACAAUUUGGGCAGAGGCUAGUACUAGGUCAAUUGGCACCGUGCUUGCUUUCAUAAUUUUCACGGAAUGGAACCCAAGGAGUAUCCACUAUAAAUGGUCUGACUAUGCAAAUGAUCCUGAGUUAAAUAAUGUCAACGCUAGAGGAAGUAAGAAUAUUAGUACGAGGAAGGACGAAGAAGGAUUGACCGGUGUCGGCGCAAUCCGUAGAAGCGACCGAAUGUCAUGGAUGCUGACAGGGUCUGCAGUAAGGCUGGCGCAAGAUAUGGGAUUCAUUGAAAACAGCUCAAAAGUAUUCAUUGUCACUCAUAUAUCUGAGACUACCAGUGCUAUGAAUAUGAAUCAAAGAUCCUUAUUAGCAGAAUCAUUCAGCGUUUUAAACUUGAAUUUAGGAAAAAUUGAAAACGAUGGAAAUGAAAGCAAUGAGGAUUACCUUGGGAAUGAAAAAUUUUAUCUGAAUGAGAUUUUGCCUGAUGAAGAAAGUAAACUAAGGUGGAAGAGAGUUUUUGAAAACUCAGAAAAUGACCACGACAACGAGAAAAAUUUUUUGACUGAUUGGGAGAGGGAGUUUUUAAACGAUGAGUAUGUUCUAUAUUAUUCUAAUAAAAAAGAUGAUACUAAUCUAGCACAGAAUCACAUACCACCAUUUCCACUAAGAUUCUCAUUCGCCCAAAGAGCAAAAAUAGAGAUCAUUCGAAUCCUAUCCAUAGCAUAUGAGACGAUUUACUGUGAGAAGAAUAAGAGGAAAUUGGCAACGACAGAUCAGAGACACAACCUCUCUGUCCUAAGUGUUUUUUCUCCCUUGAUAGAGGGCUGGCUCAGUAACUACAGAGAGCUUCUUGUACCCCUUUCUGAUGUCCCUUUCUCACUAGCAGAUAGGAAGAACAAAAAACAAAUAUUUGAUAACAUCGAUAGAAUAAAUGGUGAAAGUAUUAUCACAGAUUUCAAUUAUUGUCAACUUUAUAUCUUUUCCCUCGCACUGCAAGUGGAUGGGAAAACAAGCAGAUUGAAUAUGAAUGAAAUUGUGACAAGCGCGAGGUAUGUGGAAUUAGCAUACAGAUCUGCAAAAGAAAUAUUGAGUUCUGCAAAGCGAGUUUCAAGGCAAGGAAUGCUAAAAUACAUGCCCGUAAGAUGGGUAAUACGAAUAAUUAGAUCCAUUGCGUUCAUAGUAAAAUGCUACCUAACACUUACUGGUAGUGAACUGGCAACAAAUCCAGAUGCCAGAAACAUUUUAAAAUUAAGUGCAAUAUCGGUUGACGAAACAUUCGAUAUCAUCCGUGACACUGCGGUUACUUUGAAAGAAGCUACACCAGAUGAAUUACAUCUAUGUCAAAGAUACGCAGCCAUAUUAAUGUACUUAUGUACAGAGAUGAAACUUCGAAAAAAAUCUUACUUAGAACGACCACCCUUAUUAAGAGAUGGCACCACUCCUCUAGAGAGCAAUCGCGAAUCCUCACUGGAGGGACAAGACUUAACUAAGAAGCCAAUAUUCUCUAAACGUAUUGGAUAUAAUAAAACCGAGACUACUUUUGAACCCUCGGAAAGGCCUUUGACGGAGGAAAUUAAUAGCAAUUCUCAGAAUUCAAAUGAUACAUCUUCUAAAGGUAUCGUUGAUCCUUUUGUUGAACAAAACAACGAUAUCACAACAGCGUUACUGAACAAUGAACUCUUCCAAGGUCCAUCUCUAUCUGACGAGGUUACAGAUUGGUUCGGUGCUAGUGAAGAUAUCGGGCUUGAAUUUGUAGAACCAUGGACAGAACUUAUUGAGCAACGAUAUAUGCAAUGUGGAGAUGGUGAUAAUAAUAAUUUCGAAAAUUUAUACAACUUGUUCGUGAAUAGUAAUAACAUCAAUAAUGAUAUUAAUAACUCAAGGCCAAUAACGCGUAAAUAA